AUGUCAACAUUUAACGCCGAAACCGCAGAAAAUUUGGAAGACAUCGAGAAACAAUUUGCCGUUGUUGCCGUGGAGCAAGCCGAAACUUAUUGGAAUUUGAUCACAAAAGUGCCUGGAUCGAAGCUACGUUUGACUAAGUAUGACGAUGAAAUUUAUGAAGCCUUCCAAGCUCAUUUCCCGGAAUUCACCGACCUUGAGAAAUUAAAGAAAUUCAGCGAAGAUGAAUUGAAGACUAAGGAGGCUAAGGAAAGAUGGAGAAAGUUCAUUGUCCUAUUUGAGAAGAAGAUCGAUGAUUUCAACUUUGGUACCCUAUUAAGAACAGAUUGUACCCAAGAAUAUGGUCAGUUCAAUACAUGUUUUGCCGUUAGAAUUCAAUUUUAUGCUUUCGAAAUUGCAAGAAACAAGAAUGGUUUGAAUGACUGGGCUGUUGGUAAUUGA